CUUCGCACGCGGUGGCCGACCCGCGACCGGCACUCGUGUAUCUCCGUUCACACGUGCGGAUUCGCAGCUGCUCGCGCGGUUUUUCGAUUUGAGGAUGCGCGCAGUGAUACCCGCCCGGAGAUAACCGCGGGAUUUAGUGUAACUCUUUGGAAUUCGAGGAAAGCCUUCAGUGCUGUCGCAACGUGAGCAGUGGAUCCAGGAAUUAACGUCAACGUCCAUGAUAAAGAGACCCUGGGAAAAGAAACGUUUCAAGAGAAAGAAGGGCCUGUUAUUUAGUCGGCAGGUAGAGGCGUUCAUGAGAGUCAGCGCUAAUCAAUGUGCACUCGGCUCCUUCCUGUGAAAGUUAAACAACUGUCCGAGCUAAAAAAUGAACGAUUGCAAACAUACCUGGACGCAAGUUAAUAUUGGACGUGGGAACCGGGAACCCAGCGUUGAAAAAGACAUUCUUGUUUAUUUGCGGAUCGAUCCGUUUCAGCCAUUAAACGAUGAUUCUGCAGCCCACACAAGUGGCUUACCUGUUACCUCUCAAUUUUGCAUACAAGUCAAAGAAUACAUCUUUGAAAAUGCCUGAAAAUGCCGAUACUAUUGAAACAAUUACAAACCUUCAGCAUGGCGUCAAAAUGGCGGGAUAUCUGGAGAAAAGGGGAAAACUGGGUAUGAUGGGGACUCGUUGGCGGCGGUGGUGGUGUGUGCUGGAGGGACGGCUCCUGCUGUACUACAAGUCGCAGAACGAGUACUCGAACCUGUCUCCCUGUCGGGGAUCCCUCAACAUGGGUCUCGCGGCGAGCGUUACCCCGGCCCGUAAUUUCCAGCUCCACGUUACCACAAGGUCUCAGCUUUGCGUUCUGAGAGCGAAGAAUCAAGUGGAGCAAGAAAGGUGGCUGCAAGCUCUCCUGGACUCCAUGACACUACAACCCCUACCUUCUCAUCCGAAUGCCGCCGUAGGGGCAACCAGACCUGUUCAACAAUUCCGACAUCCAUCCAAGAGUCAGGAAAAAGACGAACUUUCAACACGAAGAAGAGCUGAUCGUAACCUUGCCAACGGUGGUCACAUUCUUAUGUCUCCAACUGGAGAGCUAAACCCUUUCGAAGAAAUGGAGUUGAAAGAUGAAAAAAUCAAAAGACUGAGUUACUGUGAGCCACCACAAAAGAACUCGAAGAUAAAAAAGCAAAAUCGAUACUCAGAAAGUUUCGUCACCGGUGUCAAAGAGCUGGACGAGAACUUCAAUACGAGAGAUUUUAACGAGGGAGAGAAAAACGAGAGCUUCAUUUUCAGCUGCCCAGACGGGAGCAUAAAGGACCCUGCUAUUGAUUUGGAAGAUGAAAUCUACAUGAAUCUAGUCAAUGACUCACUAACGGAAAAGCAUAGAAAAAAAAGAAUCAUGAAAAAUAACCGCAGAAAUGACCCUCCAAAAUCCGAUGAAAAUAGUAAAUUAUACGAAAAGAAAGUGAUUAAACAGUACAGUCCUGUGUCGGGUGAAAAAAAUGAAAUGAUGAGCUCAGAAAAACUCAAGACUCGAGAUAGCUUAUCGAAGGAUAAGAAAAUGAGCCUACAAGACUGCCGUCUGAGAAUCAGGUCGGACAUGAAUCUCUAUUCAGAUCCCAUGGGCUCGGUCGAAAGACUCUUCACAGGUAUCAACAAGGACACGAGGAUAACCAGAAGGAAAAGUAAUGAAAUUAAAGAGAACAUACUCAAAAUGAGGAGUAUCUCGGAUGCCUGUUUGCUCAAGAGCAUCUACGAUGAUAGCUUGUUACCGUUCGAAAGUGAGCUCAUGAAAAGUUCCAGCAAAGUUGACCUGGAAUCAGGAGAUCCCGGGGGAAACGGAAAAAGCAAAUCUUGCGAGAAUGUGUUCAUGAGUUUCAAGCUGGUGGAUUCCAAUCUGAGCUCGGACUCGAGUUUAGAUGUCUCCCAGUCGAAAACUUCCAGUUCCAAUGCGACGAAAAGCAGCGAUCGCUCGAAUCCCAGUCCGGCCGACUCGACCCCUAGAAGAACGGACUCCUUUCUCAAGCGUAUUAUCACGCCCAACUCCAGGGAUGUCGACAAAGUUGAUGGCGUCAAAAAACGCUCGUCCUUCAGUUUUUUCCAUAAACUUGUUUCCAAGCGCAAAAUUAAAGAAGCCAACUCCAUUCCGGUCAGUGAGGAGGAAGAUAUUGUGUCAAACAAUGCCGCUUCAAGCCAAUAUCAGCAGUCAACCGAAAGUGAAGAGUCAAACUCCUCUUUCGCUGAAUGUCAGACCCUUCCAGUCAAAUGCAAAAUUAACCCUUGUUUUGAAAGUCCACCAUCCCCUGGACCAGAACCAAGACCAGACUAUGAUGAAUACUCAUCAGAUAGUGACAGCAUUGAGCUAACAAGCGCGGAGUUGGAAUUUCCUACACGAGAGGAGACAAGAUCCAAAUCUCCUCGGGUUGACAUUUCGAAGGACGAUUUACCAAUUGGCUACACUAUUCCACCCCCGUUACCACUAAAAAUUAAGCGCCUUUCUCAGAAUCAAAACCCUACAUAUGUGAAUUUUAUCCUCCCAGCUCAAAUUAACACGUUAGACUCUAUAGAUGGCACUUUGAUCAAACCAGACUUUGAUGAAAUAAUCUCAAAAAACAAGAAAAUAGGCUCAGAGGAGCCACUUUAUGAUGUUCCAAGACCACACACAGCUUUAUCAUUGACAACCAAAGAGAACGAUUUGCAUUAUUCGCUUGCUACUGACUCAUUCAACGGUGAUUUAAGAGGAAACACGAUACAAGAACCUGAUUCUCUCGAUGUUUCUACAAAACAAAUUUUUAUAACUGAUACUGAAAACUGUCUCACACCAGAUUCACUUGAGAUUAACUGGUGUAUGAAGAAAGCCGAGUCUUGGAUACGCUAUCCGUUCAACCAGGAUAUAUUUUGUUUGAAAGGCGAACAGUUUCAAGACUCGCUGGAUUUUGAAGGACAGUCUCAAAGUCACUUGCUCCAUUACUGAGAGCUGCGUUACUAGAAUGGAUCGCUGAUUUUACCUAUAAUUAUGUACCCUUUUGCAUAUAAAAAAGACUGCUUAGCUCUAAUGUGUUACUGUUUACUUACUAAUUGUAUUGACUGAAACAAUUCAAACAAAGAGAAGAAAAACAUA